CUGAUAUCCGUGUACGUAUCCAUAAUGUCUAUGUAUAUAAUAAAUUAAGAAUUUAUUUCUUUAUUGAUUCAGCACUCAAGAUGUCUGGACUAAAAUAUUUCGUUCUCUUCGCCCUUGUGACAGUCACUUGCGCUCGCCACGUGAGCCGCAAAAGUACUGGUUUGAAAAUCAAUGGUGGUAGCCAAGCCAAAAGUGGACAAUUUCCCUUCGUAGCAUCUCUAGAGUUGGGAAUCUUCGGUAUCUACGAAAACGAAUGUGAAGGUGUUAUCCUUAAUGAAAAUUGGGUUCUAACAUCAGGUGAAUGCGCCAAAGAAGUAUCCAGGGUUGUAGCUGGUGUUACAGACUUGCAUGGCAAUGAAACAAGCAGACAGGUGGCUGAAGUCGAACAUGCUUAUGUACAUCCCGAAUACGACAGUAAUGGGCCUAGUCCAAACGACAUCGCUCUUGUCAAACUGAAGACACCUUUGGUAUUUAACCAGUUCGUCGGUAAUGUCAGCUUGCCUGAACAAGACGCUGUAUUUAAUGGCACUGCUAACCUUACUGGCUGGGGAUGGAGCUUCUUACCAGACUUCAAUAAACUAAGCUUCGUAGCUGACUUACCCCUAAUUGAUAUUGAAGAAUGUAACCGAGUGGUUGAUUCGAUCUUAGAAGAGAAUACCUUGGACAAAAAGAGCAAUAUCUGCGCCGGAGAUCUCGACAAAGGAGCAAAUAACUGUGACGGUGAUGUUGGAGGUUCUCUCACCCAAAACGGUGUUCUUAUUGGUAUCGUUACCUGGUACAUCGAACCUUGUGAUAUUGAAGGAACUCCAGAUAUUUUCACCAACGUUGCUAACUUCGUUGACUGGAUCAAUCAGACUAUUGACAAACAUCAAAGUUUUAUAAUUAGAAAUAUGGUGGGACUUAAGGUUUUUGUUUUAUUUGCGCUAUUAGCAACAACCUAUGGAUUUCAUCAAAUAAAAUUUAGAAAUACUCGCAAUGGCUUAGGUUUGGAUGGUGCUACAGAGGCUACAGAUGGACAAUUCCCUUGGGUAGUUUCACUUCAAUCCAGUUAUGAGCGCAUUAAUACACAUGUUUGUGGAGGUGUCAUCUUAACUGAAAAUUGGGUUCUUACAUCUGCCGAAUGUGAAGGUGCUGUUAAGGUAGUGGCCGGUGCUGUUAAACCGCGUUUAGCCGAUCCUAAUAAACAGACUGUUGAUGUUGAAAGAUGGGUGGUUCAUCCAGACUAUAACUCACAAAUAGUUGGGCCCAACGAUAUCGCUUUAGUUAAACUAAAGCAACCAUUGAAAUUUACCGAUGCCGUUAAAGCUGCUAAUUUGCCCGAGCAAGGAGCUGCAGUUACUGGAUUAGCUGAUGUUGUUGGAUACGGCAACAGCGCAAGACCUGAUUUCAACAAUUUGACCUACAUAUCGGACUUGCCCCUUAUAAGCUACGACGAUUGCAAUCAAGCUCUUGAAGAUGUAUUGCAAGAAAAGAGUUCUUUGGACGAAAAGAGCAACAUUUGCGCAGGUGUAUUGGCAAAUGGAGCUAAUAACUGCGAUGGAGAUACCGGUAGCCCUCUUACCCAAGAUAAUUUUGUCAUUGGUAUCACCAGUUGGUUUAUCUCUCCUUGUCAGGGCAUGGGAGCCCCUAAUGUAUUCACCAAUGUAGCCAACUUUGUUGACUGGAUCAAUGAAAACAUUUCACAAUAGAAUUGAAUAAUUUUUUUAAAAUAUAUAUUAAAUUUAUUAUUUUUUAAAUCUUAAA